GUUCAAGGAAAACAAAGAUUAUUCCAUAGAGUUCUUCUUUCAAUAAAUGUGGAUUUAUUAUCUGUCAAUUUGCUCCAAACACUCUACACUCUCUCCUUUGCAACAACAAUAAGUCAGUCAUGGCUCCAGGUCAUGGCACAGUUUGAUGUUCCUCUUAAAUUAUGUUCAUGGCAGUUAGAUGUUCUUCUUAAAUUAUGUUGUUCUGUAGUCCAAAUCUUACAUAUAGAUGAUAUUUUGUUUUUAUCCACAAGCAUCCAAUGUGUAUUGAGGACAAUACUGCGAAUAUUUUUCUUCUUCAUUUCUGGAGAUUCCUGACAUCUGUUCAUUUGCUUGAUAUCUGAUGAGGUAUUGUGUUGUGACCUGAAA